AUGCAUCAUGGACGAAUUACUAGCAAAGGGCCCUCAACCCCUGUACAUUUUUACCAGCAACCACCACGACUUCUCAUUGUGCAUGUCACCCUACCUUCAUGGGCUGAUAUCUGCUCCAACCUCUGUGAGGCUCUGCAGAACUUUUUCUCUCUAGCCUGCAGCUUGAUGGGCCCCAGCCGCAUGUCUGUGUUCAGCUUAUACAUGGUACAAAAUCAGCAUGAGUGCAUCUUGCCCUUUGUGCAAGUGAAAGGGAACUUUGCUAGGUUGCAGACCUGCAUCUCAGAGCUACGCAUGCUACGCAUGGUACAGAAAGAAGGAUGUUUCAGACCACAGUGCAGUUCUCUGAAGUUGGCAGUUGAGGAUGGUCUUCAGCAGUUCAAACAAUACAGCAGACAUGUGUCCACAAGUGCAGCUCUGACCUGCACUUCCCUAGAGAUUACUGUUCUGACUUCCCAGCCUGGAAAACAGGUGGUCAAACAAUUGGAGAACGGCUUGAAAAAUACCGACCUAGUCAGAGUAAGGAGACUUCAGGUCGUUGAGAUCACAAAUGAAGUCCUAGAGUGGAUAGAAUCAGCCUCCCCUGUUGAGGAGCCCAGCAAAGAUGAGAGUUCUAUCUUGGGAACUGACAUUGACCUUCAGACUAUAGACAACGAUAUUGUCAGUAUGGAGAUGUUCUUCAAAGCCUGGCUACAUAACAGUGGAACAGACCAAGAGCAUAUCCAUCUCCUUCUUCCUUCAGUGUGUUUCAGCAGCUUUUCCAUAGCCAAAGAAAACCCAAUGUGUCUGAAAUGUGAUCUCCAAGAGCGACUCCUCAGCCCAUCCCUGCUCCCUGGCACAGCUGACAGCUCCGUGAGACUGGAUGACCCCAAAGGAGACUUCAGCACAAUCUACCAGAUGGCUUCCCAGUCAUCAGCUUCUCGUUACAAACUCCGGGUGAUCAAGGCUCUAAAAUUCAGUGGUGUUUGUGAAUCACUGAUGUUUGGACUCCCAUUCAUCCUCAGACCCACAAGCUGUUGGCAGCUGGACUGGGAUGAGCUGGAAACAAAUCAGCAGCAUUUCCAUGCUUUGUGUCACAGCUUACUGAAAAGAGAGUGGCUGCUGUUGGCCAAAGGGGAGCCCCUGAACCAUGGCCAUUGGGAAACAGUCCCUGCCAGCACCUUCUUUGUGAUCAUGCCGUCACCUACCCUCACUCUGCUGGUCAAGGCAGUGGCCACGCGGGAACUGAUGCUGCCCAGUCCCUUCCCCCUGCUACCUGAGGACCCACCUGGUGACAGCCUUACAACUGUGGAGAGUAUGCUGGACAACCUGGAGCUGGAGGCCACAUACAAUCCGUUACAGAUUUGGAGCCACCUAUACUCACACCUGAGCAGCACCUUGACCAAGCCUCAAGGGCGGCUCCAGUCAAGUAGGGAGAGUCGGCCCCAGAGAAAGCAUCCCUGCAAGGUAAACUCUGAAUGCUUUUUGCAGGCCAAUCGAAUUCGAGCCACAGUGGCCCCUCUGCCUAUGAUUCUAGCUCCAGGAAGAGCCCCCAAGCUACCAGCAGCCCAGAAAUCUUCCUCAGAAGCCUUCUUGCUGCCUUCCAAUGAGGAGGAGGAAGAGGAAUAUCCCUGA